AACAAUUAACUAGCAACUUGCUAAUGUUAACGGAAUGAAAAUAUAUUUCUUAGUGUUGAUUCAUUCGCAAAAGUCGAACAUAAUUAUAUUUGCCUAAAUAAACGGAAGUAUUUCUUUUCACUUUUUAACUAUCGAAGAUAUAUAAUUUUUACUAAGUGUAAAAUGAAUUCUUCUAUAAUAAUAUCUAUUCUUUUUUUAUUGAUAUGCAAUUUAAUAUUUGUUUAUACAACAACACCGACUAAUGUUAGUAAGGAAAUUGAUCCUAAAAUAAUUGGUGGGUCAGCUAUUGAAAUAACACAAGCUCCAUGGCAAGUAUCUGUUCGUCUAAAGGCAAAUGAUGAUAUAUAUUUUGGUUCAGGUCACAUAUGUGGUGGUUCAGUGAUAUCACAGCGUGUCAUUGUUUCAGCUGCACACUGCGUUGCCAUUGAAGGCACAACUCCUCUAGCAUUCCGAAGUGCCAGCGAAUUUACGUUAGUAAUGGGCAGUAUAUAUCUCUAUGAACGUACAAAAAAUACUCAGCAGUAUAGCGUUUUGGAAGUGUUAACACAUCCAAAUUUUAAUCUCACUACUUUGGUCGACGAUGUUUCGCUGUUCUUUAUAAAUGGUUACAUACCCAUAAAUUCACCAACCGUAACGCCAAUUGCAUUAAAUGCUUUGGCUAUAACUACAGGUACCUAUUGUACUAUAUCUGGAUGGGGAAAGAUAAAAGUUUCUUCAGAAAAUCCAUCAUCUAUAUUAAUGGGUGCAACAGUGCCGAUCGUCAGCAAUACUGUUUGCGCAACAAACUAUGGCAAUCUUAUAAAACCGGGCAUGAUGUGCGCAGGUUUUAUGCAAUCUGGUGGAGUAGACUCUUGUCAAGGUGACUCGGGUGGCCCAUUAGUAUGUAACAAUGUAUUAAGUGGCAUAGUAUCGUGGGGUUAUAGCUGCGCUCAGCCCGGUUAUCCUGGUGUUUAUUCCAACGUUUCGUAUUUCAACUCAUGGAUUAGAACAACGAACUCUUCAUUUAAUUACACCUAUUAUAGAGACUCGGCAGUGGGUGUAUAUAACAAUUAUCAAUUUAUUUAUAUUGGCGUCAUAAGUCUUAUUGUGAAAUUCUUAUCCACAUACUUUAUGUAAAUAUUUUUGUAUUCUAUGUACUGCUGUUAUUUCGUAAUUGCCAUACGAACAAGUUCUUAUUCAUUUGUUAACACCUAAAGGCUUAAAAUAG